UGCUCGGAAGGGGGCCUUGGCGUCAACACGUGAGAAAGAGAGGUGUCUCAAAAGAUCGAAACAGCCUGGUAUCUCUACCUCAGCCAGGACAUUAUCAUUCAUGUUUAAACCGAAAGAGACAUAAGAAGCCACUACAAUGCCCACAGUCACCCUGCCGCCGAAAGAGAACGCGCUCUUCAAAAGAAUUCUGGCAGGUCUGCGUGGUCACAAUAACAGACCCUUGCGCUGACUGCACGCCGAUGACAUUUACGUCACUGGGCCGUGGGGAUCCUCGCAGACUUGUUGAUGCUGCUUUAGGAGCAUGUGGUGCUUUUCCUGCUGGCUGGAGGAAGGACAGAGUCACUGGAACAGUGUUUUCUUUUGCAGACCUACAAGGUGUUAUGAACACAAGCAGUACAGGAAUGGUCUGAAGUUCUGCAAACAGAUCCUGAGUAACCCCAAGUUUUCUGAGCAUGGAGAGACGCUGGCCAUGAAGGGUUUAACUCUCAACUGUCUGGGCAAGAAGGAGGAGGCGUACGAGCUGGUGAGACGAGGCCUGCGCAACGACCUCAAGAGCCACGUCUGCUGGCAUGUGUAUGGCCUGCUGCAGCGCUCAGAUAAAAAGUAUGACGAGGCCAUCAAGUGUUACCGUAACGCUCUGAAGUGGGAUAAGGACAAUCUGCAGAUUCUCCGAGACCUCUCCUUGUUGCAGAUCCAGAUGAGAGACUUGGAAGGAUACAGGGAGACUCGGUACCAGCUGUUACAGCUCCGUCCAGCCCAACGAGCUUCCUGGAUCGGAUAUGCAGUGGCUUAUCACCUGUUAGAGGACUUUGACAUGGCUGCAAAGAUUGUUGAGGAAUUCCGCAAAACACAACAGACAUCGCCUGACAAAGUGGAUUACGAGUACAGUGAACUGCUGCUGUAUCAGAACCAGGUCCUAAGGGAAGCCGGGCUGCACAAGGAGGCCUUCGAUCACCUCAACAGCUACGAGAAACAGAUCUGUGACAAGCUGGCUGUGGAGGAGACCCGAGGAGAGCUGCUGCUAAAGCUGGAGAAACAUCAGGAGGCUUCAGAGGUCUACAGAAGACUCCAGGAAAGGAACCCAGAAAACUGGGCCUACUACCAAGGCCUGGAAAAGGCCUUAAAGCCAGGCAGUUUAGAGGCGCGGCAGAAGAUUUAUGAAGCGUCCUGCAUAAAGUUUCCUAAAGGCCUCGUUCCCCGAAGGCUGCCUCUCAACUUCCUCACUGGGGAGAGGUUUCGUCAGUCUCUGGACAGCUACCUGAGGAUCAACUUCAGCAAAGGCUGUCCUCCCGUCUUCACCACCCUCAAGUCCCUUUACAGCGACAAAGAGAAAGUCACAGUUAUUGAAGAAUUAGUAGUUGGCUAUGAAACCUGUUUAAAAAGCUGUCGAAUGUUUAGUGAAAAUGAUGAUGGGAAGGAGGAACCCCCCACCACCCUGUUGUGGGUGCAGUACUUCCUGGCACAGCACUUUGACUUCGUCGGCCAGCCACGCCUGGCGCUGGAGUUCAUUAAUGCAGCCAUCGACAGCACACCUACGCUCAUUGAGCUCUUCCUCAUCAAAGCCAAGAUCUACAAGCAUGCAGGCAACAUAAAAGAAGCAGCUCGGUGGAUGGACGAGGCUCAGGCCCUGGACACUGCAGACCGCUUCAUUAAUUCCAAGUGUGCCAAGUACAUGCUGAAGGCUGGCCUCAUCAAGGAAGCAGAGGAGAUGUGCUCCAAGUUCACACGAGAAGGCACGUCGGCAGUGGAUAACCUGAACGAGAUGCAGUGCAUGUGGUUCCAGACAGAAUGUGCGUUGGCCUACAAGGCGCUGAACAAGUACGGAGAGGCCCUGAAGAAGUGCCAUGAAAUUGAGAGACAUUUUGUGGAGAUCACUGAUGACCAGUUUGACUUCCACACCUACUGCAUGAGGAAGAUGACGCUGCGCUCCUACGUGGACCUGCUGAAGCUGGAGGAUGUCCUACGGCAGCACCCAUUUUAUUACAAAGCUGCUCGCACUGCAAUACAGAUCUACCUGACCCUGCACGACAAACCUCUGACUGAUGACAGCAAGGAGAGCCAGGCAGACACAGAAAAUCUGACAGACAAGGAGCUGAAGAAACUGCGCAAUAAACAGCGAAGAGCACAGAAGAAGGCCCAGUUAGAAGAGGAGAAGAAGAACGCAGAGAAGGAAAAGCAGCUCAAGAACCAGAAGAAGAAGAAGGAGGAUGAUGACGAAGAGAUUGGAGGGCCUAAAGAGGAGCUAAUACCAGACAAACUGGCCAAGCCGGAGAAUCCUUUGGAUGAAGCAGUCAAGUUCUUGAUCCCACUUAAGAACCUGGUGCGGAAAAAGGUUGAGACUCAUCUGCUGGCUUUUGAGAUCUACUUCAGGAAAGAGAAGUACCUGCUGAUGCUGCAGUCCAUAAAGAGGGCUGUUCACAUAGAACCUAAUAAUCCAUGGCUGCAUCAGUGUCUUGUCCGCUUUUUCAAAGGAGUGAGUGAGAGCACGGAUCUGGCAGAGGCAGUGAGAACGGUGCUGAAGCACGAGAUCUCCAGGCUGUUUGGAGAGAGCAGCCCUCAGAGCUUCAACAAGAGCUACCUGAGCCAACACUCCAACUCCAUCCCACACAGACUGGCUGACGUGGUGUCACUGAGUGCUGGAGGGAGCUUAGUUGACUUCUGCUGAAGGAGAAGACGACGUCUUGCCAGCAAGGAAAUAAACGCCAAAAUGUUUCAUUGGUUAGAGGUCAACCAGUCGUAGUCGACUGGGAGCCAAAAUAUGGCAACACGGGGGAAGGUCACUGAAAGGAUCUUUGUCGUGGUAUCGAAAUAAUUCUGCCAAAAGCCAGCGAGUAGCGAGCAAGAGAAGAGCACGUGUCAAGUUGCCCGAUGGCUUUGUCGCAGUGAUGACACUGAGAUAGAUUUAGAGCAAUGGACUCUGAGGGUGCCAUGAUGCAAGGAUUCCUUCUACACUGUGAGCAGUACUGGGAACAGUUUAUCCUGACACUUUUUUAAAGUGGAAACAGGACCAGGAGACUUAUUACUUUGCAUGCUUCUCAUGGCGUCAGGUUUUUUAGCAGCGUCCGAGUUUAUCAUGGGGAAAUUGAGACGGUCUAGAAACAAACUCAUUUCAGUGGAGAUUUAGAUUUAUAUAAACAGCAUUAAAUGAGUGAAAAACUUCCUCGUGGUGUGACACACUGAAGGAAGGUUCAUCCAGGUGCACUGAAACACAGGUCAGUGUUACUUCCAUUACAAUAACUGGCCGGCGUUGCUUUUGUGAGCGAUUAUUUUGCCGGUCGCCCGUUCUGCCCGUUGGUCGCGUUCUCAUCAGUGUCGUUUUUCCUUUUGUUAAUUUUUGCUUCCUCAGGUUUGGUCAGAAACAAUAGUAACACAUUUGAUGAUUAAAUGAUGAUUAAAUGGCUUUAUUCCACUGAAAAUGUGAAAGUCAGGUGUAGUUCCCUGUACUCCAGCUGAGACCAACCUGAACCCCGUUCAGAGUCCGACAGCCUCCUCCAGAGUAAUUCAAGGUGGAUGUUUCUCACCCAGCAUUGACAGCUCUGAGGUGGAGCUGGAUCCGGUCCCAACCGUAGCAGACGCCCGCUGGCUGUAAGGACGAGGACUCCCUUACUGUUAUUUAUAUUAUAAUUUUAUAGCACUUUCAAGCACACCUUUCACUUAAUUAAGGGCACUUUAUCACUUUAACCAUGGAUUUGCACAUAAGAAGUUUAAUUAUUUAUUGAAUAUUUCUUGGGAAUUUUAAAAGCAGUUGGUAGCCUUGUCUCAGAUCCUGCACAGCUGCUCCUCAUCAAGGAACGUGGUGGUGUCUGUGAAAAGGACGGUGACUGAGAGAAAAUAAGCUUUACCAGUAAGAAGUAAUGCAAACGUGUGUGAAAUAUGUAGAAUUAAAGGUGAUGCAAAGAAGUGACUGUAAGAUGUGAGGACUCGCCUUUCUUUCCUGUGUUGUCUCCAAGGUCCAGACACCAUUUAAAGGUUCUGGGAGAGACCGUGGGUUAAGGGAGUGUGGGCAGUCUUUGUGCUUGGAUGUUUGGGUUUUUAUAAUAAGGGCUUUGGUAUAAGAUGAAAGUCAAAUAUCUGUUAAUAUGAAAGUGUGAAAUAUGUAUAUUUAUUUAUUCUAAUUGAUAUAUUGUGUAAUGUGGUGGAAGGUUGGGAUUUGAGAAUUUACCUGUGAGUGGAAUAAUGGCUUAGUCUGUGACAGCUGGAAGUACUCAAGGCUGCCAGUUGUCAGUAGAUGAAGGAGAGCUGUAUGCAAAUUAAUGCUCGUUCCACUGCACUUGCCCUGGUCCAUCUCACUGUGAUUCCAGCCGCUAAGGGCCGCCCUGUUACACCACCCGUGGUCAUCGUGGGUACCGUCCAAAUGUCGUGUCUUCGAUGUCUUGGCUACAACAUGUUUGUCCUGUCCUACCCACCAGGCGAGGAUCAUUCACGUGAUAGGGGGGUCAGCAUAUUGCAGCCAACCGAGUUCUGUUUUCUAACUAUUGGUGGAAGUUUGGUACGCUGUAACUUUAAGCCACUUAACACUGGUGUAUGUAUAAGGGAAGAGUAACUGUUUGUCUAAACACAACAGUAGCAAAGUGCCAAAAGUCAAUUUAAAUGGUGUUUCUGGCACUUUGCUUCUGGCCAUUUGUUCCCGUUUGUUUAAAAUCUAUGUGGAAGACAAGUUUGGCAGGUUUAAGAUGAUGUUUUUGCACCAACAUGGUCAAAGAGCUGAAACAAACGAGCAAACAAAACCAAAGAAACCUGGCACUGUGUGCUCCCCGUCCUUUAUACAAACACAAAGCAGUUUGACUGCACGUGAAGCGGUUUUACGUUCGCCUUUAUCCAAACCUUAAAUGUUCAAAUGGACUUGUUCUUACACAGCUGUGUCUCCUCCAGCUGAGCACUUUACACAGCUCUACGUGUUUUAAUAUAAAUAUAAUCCAGGAAACGUGGAAUAACACUUUGAUGUUGUCUCCAGUAAGUGAACAUUUUAGCAGCAGCUUAGCCCUCAAACGUUGCACACCAAUGACUGCACAUGUUUAAGUUUAGUUACUAGUUUGCACUUGAACAUGUGUGCAUUUGUAAAACGUUUGACAUCCCUCCCCUUACCAUCAACGGGCUUCUACUGAUCCUUUAUAUUUCAAAGGUCAUGUUAUAUGUUCAUGUUAAAUGAAAACGGCAUCGUGUCAUAUUUAUGUUUAUCGAUCAUAUUGUGAAUUUUAGGGUGUUUGAGAGUAAAAAGGGAAAAUAUGAGUACUCAUCAUUGCUCAGGAAAUCACUUUGGUCCCAUAGAAAUGAAUGUAACACAACAAACGUGUGAUGCUAGUUUGCAACAGACGCUGUUUACAGACAUUUUGAAAUCAGGUGCUCUACAACCCGGCGGGUCGGUGUUCCCUUUAAUAUAAUUCUUAUAUUUGAACUAUACAAUAGGAAAUGCUGUAAUGUUAAUAAACCCCUAAAACUCAUAUUUUGUCAAAUCUUGCAGGAGGUAAAUUUCCAGAUUGGCCUCUGCAGAGCCUCAGACCUCAUUAUCGAAGCGCUCGUCUUGACAGAGAACAGAGCGAAACCCCUCCUGAGGUGGUGUUAGAAUAUCCUUUUAAAAAUAACUGUUUCUGAACCGUUUCAUCUACAACGAACUAGGAAGGAGCUCGCCACAGAGCGCUGGCUGUGUCGAAUAACAAAGGCGGUCAUAUUGCUUUUCAUGCUCGUUCGAAUUGUGCAGAUUCUGUCAGUUCGUACGUGAUGUUCAGUGCUGUUUGAAAUCAUUGUGUGUCGUC